AUGGAUCCGGUUAUUCAGGCCUGGCGUUCCAGCGAAGAGGUGAUGACACGUCUUGCCACCGGCAGUGGCUCGAUUCUGACUGUGACGAAAGCACUGAACCGUGAAGCCGUUGUGGCCAACUCUGUUGUGCUGGGACCUUUGAUGAAAACUGUUGGUAUGAGGCCGACGGUUGACCAGUGCCACGAGUACUUGGCAAGGUUCUACAGUGACGAAGGUGACAGCGCGAGCAGCACCGAUGAUGACGGCACUGACUCGGAUGAUUCUGACUCCUCUUCUGAUGAUGAAGGGGCAGGGCCGGGAUCAGAGCCUGUGCCCCCGCAGAAUGUGAAUGAUGCUGCCAAAGUGCUUGUUGAAGCAGAAGGGAUGGAUGCAGAGACUAGCCGUGACCUGAAGAGAGCCAUCGAAAUGUCUUUGCAAUCCGAGCCCGAGCCCCCGAUGAAAGUGCUCACGCUUCCACCUGAAGCCUUGAGUGGUGCUGGAGGUAGUCGUGCCUCCUCCGAGCUGUCCCCGACAGAGAUCAUCACGCCUUCGCCGAAACACCGCUUGCUGGAUGCAUUUUCGGGGGACCCCCUCUACAAAAAGAGGGGCUGGCACUACACGGUUAAGGAUCGCAAGCUGGGAUACCUGUGCCUCAAUUGCAACCGCAGUGAUAUGGAUAUCGGCAAGUUCAAGCUUGAGCAGUGCCCGGCCGGGCCCACUUUGCGCAAGACUUCUGAGCUCGAUCCUGCAACAAUUGAGCCUCCCAAGCCUGCAGCUAUCCCCUGUGUCACAGCUGAUGCAGAGAUUGCGGCUGCUCUUCAGCUAGAGCAGCAGGAGCUUGAGAGGCUACAGGUGUUACAGGAUUUGAUCGCUGAGCAGAAGCAGCUGGAGAGCCUGCUCCAGCAGAUGGAGGCCCAGGUUGCCGCGAAGAAGCAGGACCUGCCACAUGUUGCAGCCCCGCCAGCUGUAUGUCUAGAUAAUGUGGAUACGUGCCCCAUGGACAUCAUGGAUAUGCCGGCGAAGCUUGUGUCCGAGCCACUGCAGUCUGUAAAGGCUGAAGAGCUGCAGGAAUCCAGUGCUGCCACAGCUUGUGUUGUUAAGCGGGAUGCGAUCACG